GAGCACCUUUAAUGGCUCAGUCUACGGGAGACUUGGAGUCGGGUUUAACCCGCUUUUUAAACACUUUAUAUGCUUGCUUUCGCUUUAUGUCAAGAUUUCUUGUUUUAUGCCAGUUCUGUGAAUGUCCGACACGAGGAAAGAAGUGUAAAAAAAAUGUGAGUGGAGAUGAAGAUAUUCCAUCGGAGAAGACAAAUCGUCAGGGGAAUAGAAUUUCCCUGGCUGUGUAUAGUUUUCCAAAGCGUUAUAUAUUGGCCAUAAUGACUUUUCUCGGAUUUAUGAACAUGUAUGCGUUGCGUGUUAAUUUGAAUGUCGCUAUUGGUGCAAUGGUCAACAACCACACUGUUCACCAGAGAGGAUACACUGUUACCACGGAAGCGGAGUUUGAUUGGGAUUCAAAGCUUCAAGGUAUUGUUCUGGGCUCAUUCUACUAUGGAUAUGCCUUUUUGCAACUUCCUGGUGGUUGCCUCGCUCUCAAGUUAGGCGGUACGAGAAUAUUCGGUUACGCCAUCUUUUUAGCCUCCAUGUUAACACUCCUGACACCAGUGGCCACGCGCUACAGCGUGUACGGUCUGAUUGCUGUCAGAGCUGGAGAAGGACUUAUGCUGGGCGCUGUGUUUCCUUGUAAUCACGCUAUUUGGAGUAAAUGGGCUCCGCCACUGGAGAGAACAACUCUUGUUACCAUGGCAAUUUCUGGUUGUCACGUGGGAACCAUCAUAACCAUGCCUUUAUCAGGACUUUUAACAAAAUACGGCUUCGACGGAGGCUGGGCCUCGGUGUUUUAUUGUUUCGGUGCUGCUGGUAUUCUGUGGUUUGUUGCCUGGCAAUUGAUUGUUCACGAAUCACCAUCUGAUCAUCCCACAAUAUCAGAGGAUGAAAAAAAUUACAUUGAGAGCAGCUUUGAUAGAGUACAUGGCGAUGCGUCAAUACCAUGGAAGUCAAUUCUGACCUCAGUACCCGUGUGGGGAAUUAUGUUUGGUAACCUGGCGUCAGACUGGGGAUUGUACACAAUUCUCAUUUGUCUGCCAAUGUUCCUUCUUGACAUUUUACACUUUGAUAUACAAACGAUGGGAUUCUUGGCAGCCACUCCUUUUUUGGUCAAGUCUCUCUCAGGCCCUUUCGGUGGCAUCACAGCCGAUCUGUUACGAAGGAGAGGACUAAGUACUAAAUCAGUCAGAAGAGUAUACUUCGCUGUUGGAGCUAUGGGGGCCGGCACCUUUAUCCUGGCCGCAGGAUACGCUAGCACAGCCACUGUUGCGGUCACGUGCAUGUGCAUAGGGGUUGCAGCCUCUGGACUAAUGCAUUCUGGUUACAAUGUGAACAUGCUGGAUAUAGCUCCUCGGUACGCAUGCGUGAUUAUGGGCCUAACAAACACUGUGGGAACGAUCACAGGAUUUCUAAGUCCAAUGAUGGUUGGCUAUAUCACAGUUAAUAAGGAAGCUGAAGAGUGGCGCACAGUAUUUUGGGUAACCUUUGUUAUAUAUGUGGUGGGAAUGCUGCUCUUUUGCUUACUGAUGUCAGCUGACCAACAGCCCUGGGCCAACGGCCAUGAAGGGAAGAAGAAUGGGGAGAGAGAAGAAAUCAAAAUGGAAGAAGAAAGUUGACACAUGAGGCUGUUUUCGUUAGAAAAUCAGGGUCUGAUACAAACAGGCGUUGAUGUGCUUCGAGUCGAACUCGGAAACUUCUGAAAGUUUCUGAGGCAUAUUGUUUUUUUCUUUUAGAUGCAGUGUAAAGAAGAAAAACAAUUCAAAAUACUAAAUGCCAAAACAAAAGACUUGGGCCUUGAGUAGAGGGAAGGAAGACCCGCUCCCUUCGCUCAGGGCCCGCUCUGAAACCUUGACCCGUGAUUCGUCAUUCAUGGACUAAAGCCCCAUUUUACUUGUUCCCAUUUUGUUUCCACUCAGAUUAUGCAUCAUUUUCUCGUGGUAAAAGCCGAGUAGAUGUGUCAGUACGUUUUCACACAUCGUAAGUUGUAAUAAA